GUAGGUGUGACGUCACGCGCUAACUCGUCCGGCGUUUUUCAUUGAAAACAUUCUUCUCAUUUCUACGAGAUCACAAUAACACAGAUGUUCUCAUUACGUAUUUGUAAUUGAGGUGUCCUGAGAUCUCGUUAUUGAGUCCUGUAAUAUGGAGGAUCUGGCUGUGUUGGACUUGUUGGAGUGUUCUUUGUGUAUGGAGCCCUUAGACCUGUCUGCCAAGGUCUUACCAUACCAGCACACGUUCUGUAAGCCAUGCCUCCCCACCAACCUGCUGCUAGAGAGCAUCCAGGAGCGAGAGUGGGAUCCGCUGGGCACACCGAGGGACAGAUCAGGGAGAUAUGUGUGCUUUAUGGAUCAGGAGGACCUUUUAAGCAGUUACAUUCAAGAUCUGCAACUUCAGCUGCCCAGACAGGGGCAGAACACACAGGAGGGAGACUGCAUUACCUUUAUUAAACAAGUGGAUGAAAACUGGGUUGAGGGUAAACUUGAAGACAAAAUUGGAAUAUUUCCUUUGCAGCUCACAGAGCCAAAUCCAGCGGCGCACAAGCUUCUAGAAAAACGCAAAAGGAGGGACUCUGUGGAAUCACACCCACGGAGCGGCACUAAGGUUAACACGGAGGCUCUCGCCCACAGGCGGCUUUCUGGCACAUCUACUAAUCCAGCCAGGCCUCCAAAUAUCAGUCUCCUCAAUAGCCUGAACUACCCUUCUCUCAGCCAGAGCCUGCAGCCACCUCUUAUCAGCUCCAACGCACACACUGCCUACAGCAAGACGCCACAACUUGCAACAUUUAACAGACCACGUUUGAAGAGCUCUUGCAAAAGCUUGCCUAAGACGAAGGCCGGCUCGUUUAAUCGAGGCUUGUUUAACCUGGAGGACACUUGGUAUACUGCAGCCUUCAAAGGACGCGUCCUACCUAGCACGCAGCCUUCGAAACGAGACACAGCCGUAUGCGGAUCGCGAUGUUCGAACAUUCACCUGCCCCGGUGUUCAGCCUCUCAAUGCAGCACAACGACCACCAAAGAGAAAAAAUUACCAGUUGUUUUCUCACUAUACCGGAGGAACCAAAAAAUGAAUGGUGAAAGUCCACCAACCAUCACCAUGGCACUGAUUAACCCUCAGGCGCCCCCUUUACCCUCAGAGAGCAAGAUGUCUACAACCCAACAGCUCUCCAUCAGUGUGUGUGCAGCACUAUAUUCCUAUACACCCCAUCGCUCGGAGGAGCUGGAACUGAGGAAAGGUGAAAUGGUGGGGGUUUAUGGGAAGUUUAAAGAGGGCUGGCUGCGUGGACUGUCUCUCAGAACAGGCAAAGUAGGCAUCCUACCAGCCAACUAUGUCACACCUGUGCUCAGAACAUCUGCAAGAUUUCAUGAACAAACCAAACCUGCCAUUCCUAGCACAAGCACUUUAUCAACAAAAAGACACACCCAACACAAGCCCCAGGCUGUUGUCCUGGCCCUAGACAGAGUAAAUGCCGACGUCCCUUCAGCUACAAUGCCCAUGAUGUCAUCUGCCGGGUCUGGAAGAGCACCGCAGCAGGGCGGGAAGCAGGGAUGGGGCACAGUGAGACACACCCUGCAUGCUUCACACAGGGGGUUGCCCCUCAAUGGAAGCUACAGUUCAAGUUCCACCCUCAGCCUUCAGCCUCCUCCUCAGGAUUUGGGGCUGAUCUAUACUUUCGGUCGCUCACCUGUUCUGCCCAAAAAGAGAAAUGGUUUAUUCUCAAACCCCAUCCAGACCCAACAACGCACAUAUAAAACAGCACCCUCUACUGGUGGAUAUCAAACAGGAAACAGGGACCCUGCCCAGAAAGAGGCCAGCACAACUCCUCAGUCCAUUCUGGUUAAACCAGAUUCUCAUAAGCACAAUGCAGAGAAGGCAAUAAAGUCAGUACGGUUCCUGACUCAGGACGAGCCUCAGACAACAAAAAUGACACCCCCCGCAUCUGCAGGACAUCUCACCACCAGCUCCCAGCCUGGUCUCUCAUCCCUGGACCACUGGAACCCAUCAGCCAUCCUGGGUCGUGAUGGAAGUUCCUUAGUUCUUAAAGACACAAAAACACCUCUACCCAGAAGGAGUACAGGCCAAGAUCAUGCCACUAUUGACUGCCUCUCACUAAAUAUGAAACCAAUGCUGAUCAGCAACCAGUCCAGUCCUAGUAAACACAGGGUACUGAAGGGGUAUAACACUAAGACAGAUGCAGAACUCACACUGACGGAAGGGGAAAUAGUGGUUGUUCAAAGGCCACGACUGGAUGGAAGGCUUCUCGUGACCCAAGAGAUCAGUGGAAAAACAGGCCUUUUACACAGCAGCAUUCUGGAAAUUCUGGAUAGGGUCCUUUGAGUGUGCCACAAUUUUCUUUCUGUUGUGAACAUGUUAUUGUGUACAUGUCCAGUGCUGUGUUUAGAGUCACGCUGUGUCGAGCUAUUAUGUAAUAAACCAAAAUCAAAAGCAA